AUGCAGUUUUUCAAUUUGAUGACCUUCACACUUGUCUCAAAAGCUACUAUAAAAGCGACACAGGCGCUGAAAUUAGCGACUCGGGGGAUUUUCGUGCAGAUUGGCCAAGACUUGACAAUCAGCAUUUACAAUGCAUCAGAGGGAUCCGACUAUUUGGACAUUUGCUAUGGUACAGUUGCAAACACUCGAUUGAAAGGCCUUUCUGUAAAAUCCCCUUAUCAGUCUCCCCGACAAUGCAUCGAUCACUACCAAGAGGUUUUUUGGCAUAAAAAAAAGAUUUUCAUUGAAAUUGAGCGUACCGCAACCGACUACCAGUGGAUUUACGAAGAAUUUAAAGAUAUCAAGUUUGAAUCCCUGAAUGGGCUCGAAUGGGCUCGAAGAUGCGCAAUGAACUUUUCCCGGCAAUGUGACGAGGUUGACUUGGGCGGCGAGCCACUAUUCACGCAAACUGCUUGUGAGUUUCAAAACUUUGUUUGUCAAAAAUUCACCGAUUUGAAAUCGGCCAAGAAAUGCACAUUGAACGAUUUGCUGGUUAUGGAAUCUCAAAACUUUGUAUCAUCGAUUGACUUUGAGGAGCUCAACUUGUUUCUGAAAUUCUGGAUUGAAGGGUAUUUUCAACAACUGAAAUUUAUGGAGUUGUCUGUGGAAAGUGAUAUGUCUGAUCAGGAGAAUAUUGCGAUCUUAUUCAAAAACAUCAGAUAUGAAAAGGCACCUAAUAAUAAGGUAUUUGAGUACAGAUAUCCAUGGAGUUUUCGAGGAGGACGGUAUAUUCAAAGCAAAGAUGGAAUUACUGCCGUUGUCGGGUUUCGAUUUCUUAAAUGUGUGACGUUAAUUGUGUUGGAGUAA